CGUGACUAACGGAACGGUAUUGUUGUACCAAUAUUUCCACCUAUGGGAAUGCUGCUUGUGAUAGCGCCGAACAUGCACAAGCAUUUUGCUUGAAGAGAAGAAAAUAAACCCAAACUAGAACCGUGGCUUGAAAAUCACAGAUCAUUCUACCACGGGGGUGGCUGUCAGAUGAACAAUUGAGAAUGUCCUGGAUUUGGAAGAGGAAAUCUGUCAUCGUCAUGAGUUUGAUCGUGGCCGUGUCUGUGUUUGUUGCUGCUGUCCACUACACUGAGAAGCCCUACGUUUUACUUCAACCUUAUUUCGGACAGUCCUUCAGCAACCGAUGGGUCUUUUCCCGCUUACAGCACAGGUUUAAAUCUCACAAUGGAUAUGUCAAUGUGCUAAAGCAGGAGCCUCUUAAGCUGUACUGCGAUCUAUGCAGUAUCGUUUCCAGCUCAGGCCAGCUGCUUGGCAGGGAAGCAGGGUCAGCCAUCGACCAGUCGUCUUGUGUGUUGAGAAUGAACAACGCUCCCACAAAGGGCUUUGAGAAAGACGUGGGUAGGAAGACGACGGUCAGAGUGGUGUCCCACACCAGCGUUCCUCUGCUGCUGCAGAAGCAUCAGUACUUCUUUGGACAAGCCAACAACACCAUCUACAUCAUCUGGGGGCCCUUGCGUAACAUGAGACAGGACGGCAAGGGGAUUGUGUACAACAUGCUGAGACAAGUCAUAGAAAACUACCCUCAAGCCAAGAUCUUUGUGACAACCGAAGAGCGCAUGAACUACUGUGACAAGGUGUUCAGAGAAGAAACUGGAAAAGACAGAAUUCAGUCAGGGUCAUACCUCAGCACUGGGUGGUUCACCCUUGUUCUCGCUAUGGACAUAUGCCGUGAUAUUCAUAUAUAUGGGAUGAUAAAUGAAACAUACUGCAGGACCGAUGGGUAUCGCAAAGUCCCCUAUCAUUACUAUGAAGCUGGGAGCAGAGACGAAUGCACAGAGUACUUCCUGCAUGAAAGCGCUCCGUACGGAGGACACCGCUUCAUUACUGAGAAAUCUGUAUUUGCAAAAUGGUCCAAAUCACAUGCCAUUCAAUUCUUACACCCAGCCUGGGCAAUUUCAUGACAUCUCAAGAACAAUUGGUAUAACAUUUAAAUGAUUUUUUUUUUUUUACUUAAACACAAAUAAAACUCCAGAAAUGUUGACUUGGAUGGUGCUGACUGGCACAAUCUGUAUCCAUUACUCCUGUCUGUAAAUGGAUGACUAAUACUGGUGGGAUCAUUUUAGCCAGUUCAACAAAUAGGUAGGAAAGACCAAAAUAAGACAAAAGGACAAUCAUUAUUAAACAGCCAACAGAAAUAUUAAAACCACCAUUGUACAAAACAGAUGCACUUUCUCUGUAUAUUGCCUGUGGAAUUCUAAGCUUUCUCAGCUUCAUUGGUAUGCUGUGUACAAUGUGGGCAACUCAAAUUAGGGAAUUCAUUUCAGUUGUGGCUUUGCUGCUGUUUAAUUUAAUUCAUUUAAAAUAAGUAGGUGAAGCCUUUUUUUUAAUUAAUGAUUUAAAAAAAAUAGAAACUGAGCAAGAUACAGUAUUUUACAGAACAAUUAAAUACUAUACAACUGACAUCUGAAAAAUACAGAUAACGGUCUAUGAAAUAGUUCAGAAAGAAACUGAGAACGUAAUUGAUUGAAUGCAUUUACUGGUAUUCUUGACACUGUACAGACUGAAUCACUGACUACAUGUUAAUUAGACGUUUACAAUUAUUAUCUGGCAUUGUCAGAACAAGGUACAUAAACCCUGCCUGUAGUGUCAGUUGCUAUAUCACUGUUUAAUAUAAUAGUAUAUGAGGAUCAUGCAUAUCUAGUUAUUUCAACACAGUAGCUUCUCCCCACAGAGAGGAAUUCGUGGGCAUUACAGGGUUGAAAACAUGUGCAAAGAGCAGUAGGGGCACAUGCAAACUGUUUCAGAAUGCUACACCUGUGGUUAAAUCCCAUCAAUGUAAUUUCCAAUGUGAAAUCUGAAUUUGUGUUUCUGUUGUGCUUGCAUAGUGUGUGCAUUUUGUGUAUGUGUUCUUGACUUUCGUUGAAGACAAAACGCAUUCUAGAACAGUUUAAUAAUGGGAAACUUGGCUGUAUUUCUGGAAGGAGAAUCAGCCCACUAAUCAACACAUCAUCUUGAAGCGCAUAAAGGCUCUGCGAGGCUUUCAUUCAUGUAGUUUCUUUUGUUUGGCCUCCUCCUCCCCGAUUUGCAGCAUGCCCUGUCCUUUGGGGAGGUGGCCCAUGCGUCACUUCCUAUCUGUGGCACGAGGCUACAUGAUAUCGUUCAUGUAUGUGCUAGCCGGACAGCAUUGUGGGUAGCUGUCGAGCACCCAGGGGCAAGGUCUCAGGUUAAAUUCAUCAUUAUUAAUUCAUCUGUUCAAUUGCAAUUCAAUUCAUUCACAUUGUGGAUUCUCCAUCCAGAAUAUACAAUAAAAGUGUAAUCCGCCAAUGCACAAUAUUAAAGCUUCAUGAAUAGAGCCUGAUAUGUGUAAACGCAAAUUAAACAACAUGCCAAAAACUUGUAAAAUGCCAGCAUCUUUUUUUUUUUUUUUUUUUUGCUGCAACAUACAGUAUUGAAGAGGUUCAUGUCUUUGUUAAUUAGAAACCACAGACACUACUGUAACAUACAUUUAAAAACAAUAACAUAUGCCACUGAUAAAGGAAAGUUGUGGAGUUUUACUUAUGUUAAUAUAUUAGCUCCCAAGCAGUGCUGUCCAAAUAAAUAAGAGAAACCCUAUACUUUACCUCACUGCCGUUUUGUCAGAGAUAUUUUUCCUUUUUUUCCUAAUAAUGUGCUGUAUGGAUUUCUUUUCCCCAACAAUAUUACUCUUCUGUACUUUUCUAUGGCCUCUGUUCCCUAAUGUUGGUUAAAAAGGUUUGCUAAUGGAAUAUAAUAAUCUGUGUACCGUGUGAAUUAUGUUUAAUAUUUACUUUCCCUGUCAUGAAAUGGGAGAAGGAUUUUCUGCCAAAUCAAGUUAGGUGUCAAUAAUGUUGGGUUAUUAACAUUGAUUUUAGAAGGUGGGAUUGGAAAAGACCAGUUAGCUCUGUUUACAAUGGCCGUGAUAAUAGUAUGAAGAAAAACAAUUUUAAAAAUACAGCUUCUGAGAGGACAUCAGCAGUUUUACAUAAUCUGUUCGUUAUUGCUAAUGAGCAUUUUCGCCAACUGCAAAUGCAUAGCCUCUGAGUGAAAAGCAGAAAGCACCUGAUUUCCUAGUCAUUAUGUUAGUGUAAUUUCCGAAAUAAAGUAUUUAUGAAUUAAAUAAAUAAGAUCCAGCAUGCACACCGUGCAAGGCUAAGGCAGAAAACAAGCUCGGUAGGAUGGAUUUGCAUUGUGUGGGACAGACAGUCUAAAGAAAAAAUAAAAGAACACUGCUUUUUAUACAAGUUAUACUCCAUAGAUAAACAUUUAGAAAAAAAAACAAACACCUGUCUGUUUUGUUGUUUUUGUAAUGACAACUUUUGAAAAAGGAAAAUGAUUCUAUGGUCUUAAAAACUCAAGGAUGCAGUGAGGUCCUUUAAAUCCAAUGCUGUGUUGGAGUUAAUAAACCUUGUUUACCGGGAACAUGAUGUUUACAAACAAUAGGAUUUUUUAUUUUUUUGGGUAAUUAGCUCACUUUUGUAAUUUCUGUAUAGGUAUAGCAGCAAUUACACAGAUGCAUUCAUAUGACCUUGUUUUAUUCACCUGGAAAAUGGCUCAAAGUUCUAAGAGCAUCGCUUUCCUUUGUAUUUGAUAUGUAUUUAAAACGUUAGUGACAUGAUGGAUAGCCAUUAUGCAAAUUGAACUUGGUACUCAUUAAAAUGCUAAUGAAUAGUAAUACAUGAGGAGAAAGAACAGCUUUGUAAAGUGCCUGGUUUCCCCUAUGUGUAUUCUUAUUUGUCAUUUGAAAAUUAACUUUGAUAAGAACUGUUCAGUAUUCAGCCUCUGUAGGUGACAUAUUUAUAGCACGUUGUUAACGGUAUUAUUGUCUGAGUUUGUUUUACGUGUUGCCAGUCACUUGCAACAAGACUCAGUACCUUUAGUGCUUAUUUGAAUAGCUGGCACAACAACCAUGCCUUCUGAGAAAUGGUUUGCUAAUGUUACGGGCACUAUUCACACUACGUCCCUCACUGAAACACACAAGAGUCUGUUUUAAUGUUUGAAAUUAAGACAUUGAAUGAAGUGAGUUGGAAUCACUUGGUUUGAAUGUGUGUGUUGGUCUUGCAUUAUUAAUGUUGUAAGUCUAUGAAACGUUUAAACUGGAUGUGUAAACAGCCAUUUACCGUUUAAACUAUCAGACCCAUUUUCAUUGAGAAGCAUGACUUGAUUUAGUGUUAAGAGUAAUUUCUCUCUCUCUCUCUCUCUCUCUCUCUCUCUC